GCAAUGAAUACUUUAUUUGCAGUUUCAAAAUAAUGUAAGGUCCCUUUUCAUAAAAUGAAGAUGUAAAGGAAGAUUGCCUCCAUCGGUAAUAACCCUAAUCCUCAUCCUCCUGAGUGCGUACUUAGAGAACAGAUCUCAUUCGCAGUUCAGCGUGUCGAAAACAAGGAUAGCUGGUUACAUAUAUGUUUCUGCUUUGGACGGGUUUACUUCCAAAAGAAGAACAUCUCUACAUUCUGAUGCCAUGAAUCGAGAAGGAGUGUCGGUUUUGUUGACAACUUUAUUCUCCAGUUUGCUGCUGCUUUGUGUUUUGGCACUGCUGUGUUUCUUCACCUGCAGACUAGCUUCAAGAGUUCUGCCAGUUGGAGCCCCACUUCGUUUUUGACAGAGCAUGUGAAUGUGCCUCAAGUCAUGAUCCUGGAGUCUUCUGACAUCUUUGGAAAAUGAAGGUCGCUGUACUCGUUAUCCUCAGUUGCCUGGUUUGGGAAGGAAUGGCAAAGCCUGAAUUUCCAGAACAAGAGAAGGACCCUGGUUUCUGGAAGGAAUGGGCACAGAGGACACUAAAAAAUGCUUUGACCCUCCAAGACCUCAACAAGAAUGUUGCCAAGAACAUCAUUCUUUUUCUUGGUGAUGGCAUGGGUGUACCUACGGUCACAGCAGCACGCAUUCUAAAGGGUCAACUGAAUGGACAGAAUGGUGAGGAAACGCAGCUAGAGAUGGACAAAUUUCCCUACGUUGCCCUCUCUAAGACAUAUAACACCAAUGCUCAGGUCCCAGACAGCGCGGGCACUGCCACAGCAUAUCUGUGCGGGGUGAAGGCCAACGAGGGUACGGUUGGAGUGAGCGCAGCAGCUGUGAAAUCCCAGUGCAAUACCACUCGGGGGAACGAGGUCACUUCCAUUCUUAAAUGGGCCAAAGAUGCAGGCAAAUCAGUGGGAAUCGUCACAACAACGCGAGUGAACCAUGCCACUCCGAGUGCGGCGUAUGCACACUGUGUAGACCGGGACUGGUAUUCAGAUGGAGAAAUGCCUGAUGAAGCACUCCAGAACGGAUGCAAGGACAUCGCCAGACAACUCUUUGAAAAUAUCCCUGAUAUUGAUGUGAUUAUGGGGGGUGGGCGGAGAAGUAUGUACCCCAGAAACACACCAGAUGUGGAAUACCCAGGAGAAAAGAAACACAACGGUACACGCAAAGAUGGCAGGAACCUCGUGGGGGAGUGGACUGACAGAAUGAAGGACAAGAGAGGUUACUAUGUGUGGAACAAGAAGGAUCUAUUUUCUCUGAAUCCAAACAAUGUGGAUUAUCUUUUGGGUCUUUUUGAGCCAGCAGACUUGCCUUAUGAGCUCGAGAGAAACAAAGAAACCGACCCUUCCCUCACUGAGAUGGUAGACGUGGCCAUUAAGAUCCUCCAAAAAAAUGAACGUGGAUUCUACUUAUUGGUGGAAGGUGGGCGCAUUGAUCACGGACACCAUGAUGGAAAAGCCAAGCAGGCCUUACAUGAAGCCGUGGAAAUGGACCGGGCCAUUACCCGAGCUGGUCUCCUCACCAGCAUUUAUGACACACUGACAGUCGUCACGGCUGAUCACUCUCAUGUCUUCAGCUUUGGAGGCUACACACAUCGGGGAAACUCAAUCUUUGGUUUGGCCCCGAUAAUAAGUGAUAUUGACCAGAAGCCCUUCACAUCCAUUCUCUAUGGAAAUGGCCCAGGGUUCAAGUUGGUUAACGGGGCUAGAGAAAAUGUCUCAACUGUGGACUUCAAGCAAAACAACUACCAGGCGCAGGCUGCUGUUCCCUUGAGCAUGGAGACUCAUGGCGGUGAAGACGUGGCGAUAUUCUCCAAAGGUCCCAUGGCUCAUCUUCUUCAUGGAGUCCAGGAGCAGCAUUACAUUCCCCACGUCAUGGCCUACGCAGCUUGCAUUGGCCAAAACAAAGACCACUGCCGUACAAACUCCGGUUCCCCUUUUCUCAGUCACAUCUCCCCAACGCUGGCCCUUCUUCUCUCAGUUAAAUGGCUUCUGUGCUGACCCCUCUUCUCUGGAUCCUCUCUUAUCUUAUCAUGAGUAGAUCAGAAACUAUCCUAACUGGUUCUCUCAAGGGGAAUUUAUGAUUUUUUGUAACGUGAUCAGACGAUCGGAACCAGUUAUUGUAUAACAAGCUCACACUACACCAUUUUAGCUCUGAGAUUUUGUGAGGUCUGUCAAGUCACAAAACUUGUUCAAAAAUUUGGGAUCAAUAAGUUUUUUUUUUUUAAGAAAUUGGUAGUUUUAGUUAGCAAGGACACAUUAAAUGUAUUAAAAGUUACAGAAACUUUGUGUUCACAAAGUGACUUUCUGUUCAUUAAAGAAUCCUGAAAAUAUGAUCAUGGUUUCCACACAUAUAUAAAGCAGAACAGCUAUUUUUAACAUUGAUAAAAAUAAGAAAUGUUUCUUGAGCUGCAAAUCAACAUAUUAGAAUGAUUUCUGAAGGAUCAUGUGACACUGAAGAUUGGAGUAAUGAUGCUGAAAUUGCAGCUUUGCAUCACAGGAAUAAAUUACAUUUUAAGUAUUAAAACAGAAAAUAGUUAUUUUAAAAUGUAUCUAUAUUAUGAUUUGAAUGUAUUUUUUAUAUAAAUAAAUGCAGAAUAAAUGCAGCCGUGCUGAUCAAAAGAGGCUUUCAAAAUUAUAAAACAAAAAAAAAUUUCUUACUGUACUAUAUAUUAGCAGCAGAUGAUUUCGUGAGAAUUAAAAAAUAAAGUAUGUUUAUAAGAUGUACAGAAUAAUUACAAUGCAAUGCUUUUCUGAUUAUGAGUGCUUUGGGCAAUGAGUUUGAAAUUUGUGUAGUGUGAGCUUGGCAUUUUUAGUUACCUUAUAUUUUUCCCCCAAAAAAUCAACAAAGCGAUAAUUAAAUGACUAGAAAUAAAAAAAGAGGAAAAGAAGACAGUUUGUGCUUAUUAGAGAAUAAUUUUGUGACAUACAGUAUCAUCAGGACUAACACAAAAUUGACUCUACUUAUAAGGAUUCACUCAACAUUUUUCUAUUUUUUCCUACAUUUGAAAUCAAAUACAGUCUACCUCACUAACAUGUAAUGCCUUAAGUGCAUUACAUUCCCCUGUGAAGACCAGUUCAAAAUUUCCAUCAAAGCAAGUCACAAAUUUAAAGCAACCAUUACUGUUUUAAUUGUUACUUUUUUAGAAGGACUAUUUUCUUUUACUAGUCAAGUCAUGUUUGCAUCCCUUGUAUGCAAAGUAAAAAUGUACAUUAAUGUUUGAUUUGGAAGUGCUUGAUUCAGAUUAUACUGAUUUAUCUGCAACAUAACUGUAUCUGUAACCUGUUUGAACAUCGGACCAAAUGUGAUGUGUUUUUGAAAUACUGUUUACCAUGCCAUGUUUUCACAUUAUUGAAUGCAGAAUCCGAAUGAUAGUUGUGCAAUUGUUGUUUGUUUAUAGCUUCUGUGAGUCUCUCUAUGAAUGUAGGCAAUUCAUGUAUAAUGGCAAAAAUAUGGAUUUAAGGUAAAUGUUUAUUUUCCUUGGCUAUUCACUUGGACCCAAAUCCAAACAUUCUGUUAUAGCAGACAUUGCAAGUCAUUAAAAAAUACAAAGAAUAAAGAACACAAUAAAGAAGAAAAAAAAA